GGGACCGUAGUUGGUGCCGCAGCAAGACAAAUUGUUGCUCUUGGAGUCAUCGCGGUAAUAGCAAAACGUCAUCCUAGCGACAAAUCAAGGAGCCAAUAGCGAUUCUCACUGAAAAAUAGUUAGCAACACUGGCUGUAGGCAGCAAUGGGGCUGUGUAAUCCUCUUCCUUAUUGGAUCAGUCUAACGGAGCGACGCUCUUCAGGGGACAGGCUUGAUGGGGAGGAUGCAAUCACGGGCCUAUGAGGAAAGAAUAGAAAGUACAGUACAGCACAAACUAGUUAAUUUAACAAAGUUUUUCAUUUCAUGCAAUGGUGUUGAAAGGCUUGUUUUGGUAUGGUCCUUGUCUUGCUUUGAAUAUUAUAUUUCCUAUGGAAAUGGAGAUGAAUGGGGAAAGAAUUGGGUUUCCAUUGUGAUACCAGAGUACUACUGGGACUGCAUUGCAAGGUCAGUGGCAGGAUCACCUUCACAUAGUUUUGAUUGAUAGACUAUGGUAGGUGCACAGUACUACAUACAGCCAUGACUACAUGGAACUCUAUUCCACAUCAAGUAACACAUGCAGUAAAAACAUACAAAUACACCUUAUGGGGACUGUUUAGACACACGGACACGCAUACACACGAUAAUAUACGCAUUAUACACACACGUACACAUGGAUUUUGUGUUGUAAAUAUGUGGUAGUAGAGUAGUGGCCUGAGGGCACACACUUAAUGUGUUGUGAAAUCUGUUGUGAAAUGUAUUGUAUUUCAAAAAUAUUUUUAAAAAAUGGUAUAGAAGUGCCUUUUUUGGGCCCCAGGAAGAAUAACUGCUGCCUUGGCAGUAACUAAUGGAGGUCCAUAAUAAAUACAAAUAUAGUGCAGCGAGUUUUACAUGAUUCUUACUGACAUGUGUCAUGUUUGAUGUCCUCCACUGCUUCUGUCUGUCUGUCUGUCUGUCUCUUUAAUUGUCUGUGACCUCAGUGUUUCUCAUCUCCACUUCUUUUCAAUUGCUGAAUACUGGUUACCACUGUGGUUUUCUCCACCGCUUGCUAACACUCACAAAACGUAUAACCAAGAACAACUGCUCUUAAACGCUAGUAAAACCAAAUGCAUGCUUUUCAACCGAUCGCUGCCUGCACCCGCUUGCCCGACUAGCAUCACCACACUGGAUGGUUCCGACCUUGAAUAUGUGGACACCUAUAAGUACCUAGGUGUCUGGCUAGACUGCAAACUCUCCUUCCAGACCCAUAUCAAACAUCUCCAAUCGAAAAUCAAAUCAAGAGUCGGCUUUCUAUUCCGCAACAAAGCCUCCUUCACUCACGCUGCCAAGCUUACCCUAGUAAAACUGACUAUCCUACCGAUCCUCGACUUCGGCGAUGUCAUCUACAAAAUGGCUUCCAACACUCUUCUCAGCAAACUGGAUGCAGUUUAUCACAGUGCCAUCCGUUUUGUCACUAAAGCACCUUAUACUACCCACCACUGCGACUUGUAUGCUCUAGUCGGCUGGCCCUCGCUACAUAUUCAUCGCCAGACCCACUGGCUCCAGGUCAUCUACAAGGCCAUGCUAGGCAAAGCUCCGCCUUAUCUCAGCUCACUGGUCACGAUGGCAACACCCAUCCGUAGCACGCGCUCCAGCAGGUGUAUCUCAUUGAGCAUCCCCAAAGCCAACACCUCAUUCGGCCGCCUUUCGUUCCAGUACUCUGCUGCCUGUGACUGGAACGAAUUGCAAAAAUCGCUGAAGUUGGAGACUUUUAUCUCCCUCACCAACUUCAAACAUCAGCUAUCUGAACAGCUAACCGAUCGCUGCAGCUGUACAUAAUCUAUUGGUAAAUAGCCCACCCAUUUUCACCUACCUCAUCCCCACAGUUUUUAUUUAUUUACUUUUCUGCUCUUUUGCACACAAAUAUCUCUACCUGUACAUGAUCAUCUGAUCAUUUAUCACUCCAGUGUUAAUCUGCAAUAUUGUAAUUAUUCGCCUACCUCCUCAUGCCUUUUGAAACACAUUGUAUAUAGACUCCCCUUUUUUUCUCUACUGUGUUAUUGACUUGUUAAUUGUUUACUCCAUGUGUAACUCUGUGUUGUCUGUUCACUCUGCUAUGCUUUAUCUUGGCCAGGUCACAGUUGCAAAUGAGAACCUGUUCUCAACUAGCCUACCUGGUUAAAUAAAGGUGAAAUAAAAUUAAAAAUAAAAAUAAAAAGGUAGCGUCUCUGUCAGAAAUCAGUGUGUUGUGAAUGUAUGUAUUACCUCUGACAUUUUUUUUGUAGGAUGAGAAUGAAAACCCUAUUUAUCAAGAUACAUCUCUCUUUCUCUCUCCCUGAGAUCUGCCAGUCUGCCUGAGACCCUGCCUGCCUGCCAUAUAUACUCUUCUUUCUUCCCAGAACAUGUCUGUGAGGUCACUGGUGUCUAUGUCAUGGAGAACACACAUGCUUGCACGCUAGGCAGAAGAGGCAGCAGGCACCAUGACACAGAGUCAAUUCACACACAGCCUAGGGUACAAUUAUUUAAGCCUAGCUCUUCUGCCCAUGGUAAACAGAAAUCACCAAAUGGUUUUGUCUGACAUGAUCCUACCACAUUCGGAGAGAGGCUUCUUUUCAGCUCACCAAAACAUUUAUAAUACUGUAAAUUUUGUCUUUUUGAAAACUGGUAGAUGUUAUUUUUGUAUGUUUGGUUAUUUCACAUCUAUCUGUGGCUCCUUGGAGAGCAGCCAGGCAGAGGAAGGAGCAGCACAAGACCCCACCCUCUCCCCCCAAGAAGACAGUUGUCACUUUCCAUGAACCUCUUAUUUCUAACCCCCUCAUCCCUAUCCAACUCCGGGUUUGCUCCUUCCUGCCAAGACUUGAUCUACACUGAUGGCUCUGUGCAACAACUGUUCUUUUUUUGAGUGUUUGUCUGUUUAUGUUCCUGUCUCCAAUCUCCCACUUCUCCCUCUAGUACUGUUGUUUCUCUCCCCCCUCCCUCCUCCCACUGCUCCCCACACCUCCUCUGUGUAUGACUAUAACAAAAUAAUACAAAAUAGAAAAAAGGGCUGUGAAAUCAAAUAAAAUAGCUACCGUAUCUGCUUUGGCCCUAUUGUAGGAAAUGUACUUCUUUCUGUGGCAUUGAUUUUCUCUCAGCUUUAUGGGAAAGUAGUGUUGUGGGGGCGAACCAGAGACCGGCUGGUCGAUAGGCCCACAAAGUGGAAGGCAGCCAGGAUAUGUUGCUCACUAUACAGGAUGCGAUGUUUCUGUACUCGCUGAUCACAAGAUAGAGUUCACUGUUUGUGUACGUAUGGGAAGUUGAAUUGUCAUCAAUGGUGGUUUCGUUCAAUUGGUAUUAAGUGAUGAAAGACAAAUAUUUUGUUGAAACGUCAUAUUUGCUUCAGAUCUUAAUAGUGAGGGAAUGUCCUCUGAAAUAGGACCUGGUUGUCUGGUACUACUGCACUCUACUAGGUUGACUUACCCUAAUGAAGAUCUACUCUCUGUCAGAUAAUGUGCUUUUAAUAAUCCAGCUAUAAGUGUCACAUUCUGAUCCAACUACAGGCUUCAGAACUGAAAAUAAAUCUUUCAUCAUUACUUCAAUUUGACCACUAAUAGGCCUAAUAUAACUAAUACUGUAUGGAGAAAAUAUUCCUUGAUAAAUCUUCUCUUCUGGGAAUCGAAUGAGCGCAAAACCGACACUUUCCUGUGGUUACAGAAAGGUAACUUAAUAAAUCAGUACGAUUCGGCGUGUGAGCAUCAGGCCGUCAGACAGAUCUAUUGAUGCUCUGUGUUUUCAAAGCUUAUCUAUGAUUAACCUGAAAUGUCAGGGAUGGGAGGCAUUGAUUCUACCUGUUGUUUUGCACAGAAGACCUUUCACGUGUUGCUUUAAAGCAGCAGCUGUGUCUCUAGACGGCACUGUACUUGUCAAUGCAGCUGGAGCUGGGGGUUGUACUUGACCUUGUGGCCAGGAGGUGUCAACAUUGUGUUUCACCGUGAACUAUACAGAUGCAGGAUCAUAAUUUGAGACAAUUUACUACAGGAAAGGGAAACCUAGUCAGAACUGAAUGCAUUCAACCAAAAUGUGUCUUCCGCAUUUAACCCGACCCUUUGAUUAAGAGAGGUUCGAGGGGCUGCCUUAAUCGAUGUCAUCGGUGCCCGGGGAGCAAUUGUUGUUGGGGGUUAACUGCCUCACUCAAGGGCAGAACGGCAUAUUUUUUUCACCUUGCCGGCUACCCAUGUUUCGAACCAGUGACUUUUCGGUUACUGGCCCAACACUCUUAACCGCUAGGGUACCUGCCGCAGCAGGAAAAUAAUCCUACAGCAACAGGAAAUGUGCAUUAUUAUGUGGAUUAUAUUUAUUGGAAUUUAUUUUAGGGGUUGAUACAUUUUUUGCAAGGGAAAAUCAGGUGAAAUUUCAGUGGAAAUUAUCAACUUCACAAGUCUUUUUAAACCUCAAAUACACUACACGUUUCAAAUGUUCUGCAAAAUUUAUCCUGCAACAGGGUGAUCAAAUUAAGAUCAUACAUCUGUAUCAUCCACGUGUUUUUCAAUAGCUUUUGGAGGAGUUUCGAAACCAUUAUAAAUUCAGCAACAACAAAAAACGUCCUCUUACUGUCAACUGCAUUUAUUUUCAGCAAACUUAACGUGUAAAUAUGUGUAUGAACAUAACAAGAUUCAACAACUGAGACAUAAACUGAACAAGUUCCACAGACAUGUGACUAACAGAAAUGGCAUAAUGUGUCCCUGAAUAAAGGGGGGUCAAAAUCAAAAGUAACAGUCAGGAUCCACCAGCUGCAUUAAGUACUGCAGUGCAUCUCCUCCUCAUGGACUGCACCAGAUUUGCCAGUUCUUGCUGUGAGAUGUUACCCCACUCUUCCACCAAGGCACCUGCAAGUUCCUGGACAUUUCUGGGGGUAAUGGCCCUAGCCCUCACCCUUUCGAUCCAACAGGUCCCAGACGUGCUCAAUGGGCUUGAGAUCUGGGCUCUUCGCUGGCCAUGGCAGAACACUGACAUGCCUGUCUUGCAGGAAUUCACGCACAGAGCAAGCAGUAUGGCUGGUGGCAUUGUCAUGCUGGAGUGUCAUGUCAGGAUGAGUCUGCAGGAAGGGUACCACAUGAGGGAGGAGGAUGUCUUCCCUAUAACUCACAGCGAUUGAUUGAUUGAUUGCCUGCAAUGACAACAAGCUCAGUCCGAUGAUGCUGUGACACACCACCCCAGACCAUGAUGGACCCUCCACCUCCAAAUCGAUCCCGCUCCAGAGUACAGGCCUCGGUGUAACGCUCAUUCCUUCGACGAUAAACACGAAUCCGACUGUCCUUCAUGGUGAGACAAAACCGCAACUUGUCAGUGAAGAGCACUUUUUGCCAGUCCUGAGUUUGUGCCCAUAGGCGACGAUGCUGUUGCCGGUGAUGUCUGGUGAGGACCUGCCUUACAACAGGCUUACAAGCCCUCAGUCCAGCCUCUCUAAGCCUAUCGUGGACAGUCUGAGCACUGAUGGAGGGAUUGUGCGUUCCUGGUGUAACUCGGGCAGUUGUUGUUGCCAUCCUGUACCUGUCCCACUGGUGUGAUGUUUGGAUGUACCAAUCCUGUGCAGGUGUUGUUACACAUGGUCUGCCACUGCGAGGACGAUCAGCUGUCCAUCCUGUCUCCCUGUAGCACUGUCUUAGACGUCUCACAGUACAGACAUUGCAAUUUAUUGCCCUGCCACAUCUGCAGUCCUCAUGCCUCCUUGCAGCAUGCCUAAGGCACGUUCACGCAGAUGAGCAGGGACCCUGGACAUCUUUCUUUUGGUGUUUUUCAGAGUCAGUAGAAAGGCCUCUUUAGUGUCCUAAGUUUUCACAACUGUGACCUUAAUUGCCUACUGUCUGUAAACUGUUAGUGUCUUAACGAUCGUUCCACAGGUGCAUGUUCAUUAAUUGUUUAUGGUUCAUUGAACAAGCAUGGGAAACAGUGUUUAAACCCUUUACAAUGAAGAUUUGUGAAGUUAUUUGGAUUUUUUGUAAUUAUUUUUGAAAGACAUUGUCCUGAAUAAGGGACGUUUCUUUUUUUGCUGAGUUCGUGUGUGUGAGUGUGUGAGUACGUGCGUGACCCUUUUUGCAUGAACUCUUUUGACUCAUCACAUAUGCUGUUGCUACUGUUUAUUAUCUAUCCUGUUUGCCUAGUCACUUUACCCUUACCUAUAUGUACCUAUCUACCUCAAUUCCCUCCUACCCCUGCACAUCAACUUAGUACUGGUACCCAGUGUAAAUAGCCAAGUUAUCGUUACUCAGUACUGGUACCCAGUGUAAAUAGCCCAUCGUUACUCACUGUGUGUUUAUUCCUUCUGUUAUUAUUUUUCAAUAUUUUCUCUCUGCAUUGUUGGGAAGGGACCAUAUGUAAGCAUUUCACUGUUAGUCUAUACCUGUUGUUUACGAGGCACGUGACAAAUAACAUUUGAUUUAGUGUGUUUUUGUGUGUGUGUGUGUGUGUGUGUGUGUGUGUGUGUGUGUGUGUGUGUGUGUGCCAGCCAGUGGCCCAGUUCUGCCCAGUCGACCCAGGAGGCGCCUGUAGGGGUAGAAAAAUGUGGCAAGUUGCUGUGAAGGGGAAGCCUAUGUACCUACGACUAGACACACACACACACACACACAGCCCAGACAGACACAACCUAGACAGAACUUGAGACACAGACAGAGACAGAGCAGUGUGAGGGACACUAAGUGUGACACACACCAAACUAUCUCACAGACAGCGACAUUAUCCAGUACCCUCACCUACUCGCAGCACAUCAAGGACAUCUUAUUCAACGUGGAGAUGAAUAGGGAGACAACAGAGAGGUAGGGGCAAGAAAGAUCAAUCCUUUUUCUGGUGUACGUACACUCACUAUGCUCCCCCUGCAACUCAGUGGCCUCAACAGGUAGCCUCCUGCAUUCACCACCCCCACUGUUUGUGCAGACAGAGCGCAGGGAGGGCUCCGCAAGGCUGCUCUAAAUCUGAGUAGCAGAUCCCAGACAGAGACUAACCUCCAGACUGACGAUAGUUAUGAGAGUGGCUGUCGAGUCGUGCUUCCCCCUGCUCGGAGUGGCCGUACUAGGCUUUCUCUGCUGCAUGCGAGGGGGUCAGACCCAGGUUGACCCGGGCUCUGGGAGGAUCCCAGGCACCAUGCCUCCCCACCUCAUCUUCAUCCUGGCGGAUGACCAGGGCUAUGGGGACGUGGGCUACCAUGGCUCGGACAUCCACACUCCGGUCCUGGACCAGCUGGCUGGAGAAGGGGUGAAGCUGGAGAACUACUAUGUCCAGCCGAUCUGCUCACCCUCACGCAGCCAGCUUAUGACCGGGCGCUACCAGAUUCACACGGGCCUCCAGCAUUCUAUCAUCCGGGCACGCCAGCCGCUGUGCCUGCCCCCGGAUGCGCCCACCCUGGCUGAGCGGCUGCAGGAAGCGGGCUACAGCACACACAUGGUAGGAAAGUGGCACCUGGGCUUCUGCCGGCCGGGCUGCCUGCCCACGGGCCGCGGCUUCCAGAGCUUCCUGGGCUCCCUGACUGGCAGCGGUGACCACUUCUCCUACCAGAGCUGUGACCAGGCUGAGGCCUGCGGCUUCGACCUGCACGACGGGGAGAGACCAGCCUGGGAAAUGAGCGGUAACUACUCCACAACGCUCUACAUAGAGAGGGUUAAGAAGAUCCUGAGGGCCCAUGACCCCCGGAAGCCCCUCUUCCUGUACCUGGCCCUCCAGGCAGUCCACACACCCCUCCAGGCACCAGACCACUUUCUGCAACGCUACAGUGCCCUGGACAACCGCCCGCGACGACUCUACGCAGCCAUGGUGAGCUGUGUUGACGAGGGUGUGGGGGCGCUGGUGCAGGAGCUGAGGACUCAUGGCCUCUACCAGAACUCUGUCCUGGUCUACUCCUCAGACAACGGGGGCCAGCCCCUCUCUGGGGGCUGCAACUGGCCCCUGCGUGGGGGGAAGGGUACGUACUGGGAGGGGGGAGUACGGGCGGUGGGUUUCGUCCACAGCCCACUCCUGAAGAGGAAAGGAACGGUGAGCAAGGCACUGAUCCAUGUUUCUGACUGGUACCCAACCCUGCUGUCUCUGGCGGGGGCACCGGAGAAGGACAGAGGCCAGCUGGACGGCCACAAUGUGUGGGGGGCCAUCAGCCAGGGGCUGCCUUGCCCCCGCACCGAGAUCCUGUUCAACAUCGACCCGGUAUCCCGACGGCCUGGGGAGGCAGACUCCAGGACCCUGGCCCUUAACGGCUUUGGCAUCUGGGACACGGCAUUGCGGGCGGCAAUUCGGGCCGGGGACUGGAAGUUGCUGACGGGAAAUGUGGGUGAUGGGGACUGGGUGCCCCCUCAGACCCUGCCCGGGGGGCCCCAUCAGUGGCAGGGCAUGGAGAAACGUCGGGACCAGAGGGGGAAGUCUGUGUGGCUUUUCAACAUCACCGCUGACCCUUAUGAGAGGUCCGACCUAGCCGAUGUAAGGCCUGAGGUGGUCAAAAUACUGCUGGCCAGGCUGGCCGAGUACAACCAGACGGCCGUGCCGCCCCGAAACCCCCCCGAUGACCACAUGGCGGACCCCCAGCUCCAUGGGGGGGUGUGGACACCAUGGCUGGGUGAGCCAGGCAGCGAGGGGCCAGAGGGCAGCGGGGAGGGAGGGAAAGGGAAGGCAAAGGGUAGUAAAAUGAGGCACUGUAAGGUGUGCAAACUGAAAGCCCUCUUUAAGAAGGUGGGCUCCCGGAUGCAGAGGUCCUCUCUCUCCUUUUAGUCCACAGAGGGAGGGAAUGAGCACGUGGAUGUACAGGCAGGACUGACCGGCCUACAUGAGACUGGAUCUUAGUCACUGGCUGUCCCCUGGCCACUAAGUAGGGUGACUUUGUGCAACUGUGAGAUUGAUGUUGAGAGUGAUGUUUUGAUGUCUCAUCUGCCCAUGAACAGAAGGACACGAUCAGAAUGACACUCGGACACCCAGAGAGAUAUUUCUUUCAUUUGUUGUUUUGUUAUUUGUACGUGGUGAUAGAAUGGACCUUCUAGGCUACACACUGCUUAUCAAAUACUUCUCUGUUCCCAAACCAACUCUUAACAACACCUCACUGCAUCAAAAUUCUAAAGUGGGUACUGGCCAGCAUAAGCUAAGCCAGAGAUACUGUGGCUGUUGUGCUCUUCAGUGCUGUUACAGUACAGUACACCUAUAAUUUAAGCCAUGUUCCAGACAUACAGUAUGUAGCUCAUACUGUAAGUAAGUGUGAUAUGCCAGCUGGCAAAUCCCAGACUGUGAAAUAAUGCAGAUGUAACUGGAUCAGACUGGAUCAGGGUGACACAGGUUUGGACAUGCAACAAUACAGAAGCCAGAUCAGAUCAGAUGUGAAGCUUGCAUCUCUUGACUGUAAGCCAUUUGUGUAGAAACGAAUGUGUGUGAUUAUGCAUGUACUGGAGAUAAUGUAGGCUAUGUUCAGCAAUCCUGCAGCAAUCCCACGCACAGGACAGAGAAACACUCUUUAUUUCUCAUUUCCAUCAGUAUGACGGAGUGUGCACCAAGCUGCUUACUACUUCCCUGCCUCCUCCUCUCUAGCCAAGUCUCACCCUUCCCUCUUGUCCUCUCUCCCUAUCUUUCACUAAUGUCAUCUAAUUCUCUCUUGCUCCUUGCCUCUUUCCCACAGCCGUAGGAAACUUUUCUUCAUCCUCCUCCUCCUCUCUCUCUUCGUCAUCUUCUUCCUCCUCAGUCUUUCUCGUUUCAUUCAGAGAUCAGGUCAGUUCACAAGUGAUAGGGAGGAUGAAUAUGUUUGUGAGAAAUGAGAACAGAUAUGAAGAGUUACAUAAACAUUAAGGAGGAGGAGAGGAGGAGGAGGAAGGCUCCCUAGGGGGGCAGCAAGGCCAUUUGAAGCAUUCCUUGUCUUAUCUGUAUUCUCCUCAUUUGUGAAGAUGAACAUGUCAUAACAUUACCAGUAAGUGCCUAUGUAUAAUUUGAUGCUAACCAAAAUGUUGUUCUGCCUUUUGCUGCUUUCCAUUUAUAAAUACUAUUUG